AUACCUUAAUUGUGCCUCCUAUUGCAUUUUGUUCGUACCUACCGUAACCCAAAACAAAAUGACAACAAUCCGUACAAGACGUGGACGCCGUUUAAAAUUAUUUGUAUGGACAUUAACGUCCAGACGUGUUGUUGUUGUACCAUCAUCAUAUACAAAUACAAAUAAUUAUGCGGCUAACAAUGGUUACGCAACAACACCCGUACGCCAACGUUAUAUUCCAACACCAGCCAAGAAAUCGUCGAAUUCAUCCGCUUACAAUUAUAUACGUCUUAAUCAAAAUUAUCCAAAUAAAAGAUAUGAUGAAGAUUUUAAUAAUAAUUUUUGGAUGAAGGAGAAUUCCAAUCAACAUACAAAUCAUCAUGGAAUCUUUUUACUAUUUAUGUUUUCAUGUUCUUGUUAUAGAAUGGUGCGAAAAAUAGCAGACGAAUUCCUUACGGAUGAAAGAGAUAGAAAAUAUUAUGCUGACCAAUAUACAUGUUGUCCGCCACCAUUAUUUAUUAUCAUUAUUACCUUAAUUGAGUUGGGCUUUUUUGCCUACUACUCAAUCACAACAGGUGAAUUAAAUCCAUCUGGACCCGUACCAAUCGACUCAGUAUUUAUUUACAGACCAGACAAACGACUAGAAAUUUGGAGGUUUCUACUGUACAUGAUGUUACAUGCCGGAUGGAUACAUCUUGGUUUUAAUUUAGUCGUACAAUUAUUAGUGGGCCUACCAUUAGAAAUGGUCCAUGGGUCAGCACGCAUUGGUUGUGUUUAUAUGGCAGGUGUUGUUGCUGGAUCAUUAGGAACAUCCGUAUUUGACACCGAUGUUUAUUUAGUUGGUGCCUCUGGUGGUGUUUACGCCUUGCUAGCCGCUCAUUUAUCAAACGUUCUUCUUAAUUAUAAUAAUAUGGAAUUUGGAUUAUUUCGACUACUAGGCAUUUUCAUUAUAGCCUCAUGUGAUGUUGGUUUUGCAAUAUAUUCACGCUAUGCCGAAGAUUUCCUUGGUCCACCUGUAUCCUACGUAGCACAUUUAACGGGUGCAUUAGCCGGUCUAACAAUUGGCCUACUGGUAUUAAAAAAUUUCGAACAAAAAUUACAUGAACAAUUAUUAUGGUGGGUAGCUCUAGGUGUUUACGCCGCAUGUACAAUAUUCGCAAUAUUAUUUAAUGUACUAAAUCCAACCACAACCGAAGAAUUAAAACCGGUGAAUAUUAGUUCGGAUGACGUGAAUAGUCAAUAUGUAUACAGUAGAUUAUUUCAUCGAAUUUAGGGAGAACGUGAAAACAAAUUGAUUAAUCAA